AUGGCACAGUCCAACCAACAUGUGUCGAUUUACAAUCCAAAGGUGAUAGUUUACUCUAUAGGUCUUACAACUGCUAUCCUGGCGUCAAUGAGCAUUUAUAGGAGCCAUUUUGUCCGCUUUUCCACCUCACUGGACGUUCCAAAGACCUUGUUCCGAACUAAACACCUACAUGGCAAGGUUACCUCUGUCGGUGACGGAGAUAACUUUCAUUUCUAUCACCUGCCAGGUGGGAUCUUUGCAGGCUGGGGAUGGAUAAGGGAGACCCCAGAGAUCAACAAGUUCAGAAAACUGAAAAAUAAAACCAUUCACGUUCGAUUGUGUGGAGUCGAUGCACCAGAGCGAUCCCAUUUUGGUAAGCCCUCCCAGCCCUACAGUGAAGAGGCUUUGCAAUGGCUUAGGCAAUUUAUUCUGGGAAAGAAAGUCAAAGUAAAACCACUUAGCGUUGACCAAUACAACAGAAUUGUGGGAAGAGUGUUUAUUUUUCGUUGGAACGGAUGGAACGAUGUCAGUGAAGAGAUGCUACGAAAUGGGGUUGCGAUAGUGUAUGAAAAUAAAUCAUCUGCAGAAUUUGAUGGAAUGAAAGAAAGGUAUCUAAAAGUGGAGAACAAAGCUAAGAAGAAAAAGAAAGGACUGUGGGGAAUCGAAAGGGGCCUAACCCCAGGAGAAUACAAGAGGCUAUACAAAUAG